UCCAUGGUUAUUCCAAGAUGGCGGACAAUACAGAUUAUAAAAAUCAAAAAAAAGUUGAAAAAAAAAAUGUUUAUGUUGCCCAAACUGCUGAAGACAUUCAGCGAAGAAAGAUUGAGAAGCUAAUGAGUAAUCCUGACAAACCUGUCGUAAUUCCAGAGAAAAAGAAAGAAUGGAAACCAUCCGACCCCAAAGACUUUGUACGAUUUGUAAUGGGUUCGAGUGCAGGGGCAGGAAGUGGGGAGUUUCACGUUUAUCGUGCAACCCGCAGGAGAGAGAAUAACAGAUUGAAGUAUAUUGACGAUCAAGCGAAGAAGGAAGAGGCAGACGAGGAUUAUCACAAAAAGCAAGAAGAGAACAUCGCUAGGGCUAAUGAAAGAACUGCGAAAAAACGAGCGAAGAGACUGAAAAAGAAACAAAAACAAAGCGAAAUGAAGAAAAGAAAACAGGAAAAAACAGACGCUGAAAGACCAAGUGAAAAUAAAGAUGGGGAACAUAACGUUCAACAAUCCAUAGAUGAUACGGACGAUGAAGAAACGUGAACAAGAAAGCUACUAAUUUUAUGAAUAUUUGUAAAUAAUCGUUUUGUCAUUAUUGAACAUUUGGAGUGUGUGGUAUAGUAUACGACUGAUGUACAAAUAUGGUGACAAUUUCACACGGUGCCCAAUCCUUCAAUUGAAAUCGAAGCAACUGCUGACCCACACCGGAAUCUAUGUUCUCUCUACUUCCCCCACCAACAUGCAUAAAGUUGCGACUCUGUCCUAUUUUACCAUAUUUGAAUACCCUUAAAUGUUUUUAUUACUUAUUUACUUGUCUUUAUGCCUAAAGAUAUUAGUUAAAGUAUAUUAUAUGACAUUAUCUAAA